UUUCUUCGCUUGACAUUGUCAUCUCUUUGAUAGACAAUAUACAUAUGUAUCUUGAAUAUUUCUAAUAUUGAUUUUAAGAAUUAAAUAUGAUAAAGGCUAUACUAGUAUUUAACAAUCAUGGGAAGCCUCGAUUAUCUAAAUUUUAUCAAUAUUUUGAUGAGAACCUUCAACAACAAAUCAUUAAAGAGACGUUCCAAUUAGUAUCAAAGCGUGACGAUAACGUUUGCAAUUUCCUGGAAGGCGGCAGCUUGAUAGGCGGCUCAGAUUACAAGCUAAUAUACCGCCAUUAUGCAACACUGUACUUUGUAUUUUGUGUUGACUCCUCGGAGAGUGAGCUUGGUAUACUUGAUUUGAUACAAGUAUUCGUCGAAACCUUGGAUAAGUGUUUCGAAAACGUGUGUGAGCUGGAUUUAAUAUUUCAUGCUGAUGCCGUUCAUCAUAUUCUGUCAGAGCUGGUUAUGGGCGGAAUGGUACUGCAAACUAAUAUGAACGAUAUAAUAACCAGGAUUGAAGACCAAAAUAGGUUGAUUAAACAAGAAUCAGGAAUAUCUGCAGCACCAGCUCGUGCUGUAAGCGUUGUAAAAAGCAUGAACAUUCCACAACAAAUUAAGGACAUGAAACUGCCAGACUUACCACAGGCUAUAAAGGACCUAAAAUUUUGAUGUAAUAAAUAAACACAUAUGGUCCGAUCUCGGCUACAACUGUUAUUAUUAAAUAGGUAAUUUUAAGUUCUAAAGCUAGUAUCUGAAUUUAAUAUUGUACAUGUAAAAUUGAGUAUAACACUAACUUUUUAAAA